CAGGAAAGGGACACUGGGCCCCAAAGUCCGCGGACCGUGGGAGCCGGGGAGGCGCGGGGGCCCCGGGUUGGGGAGUAGGGUCCCGGGCGCUGACCUCUCGCGCCGAGAGGCGGCGCUGAUCCCAGGUCCCGCGAGGGCCAGCGGACUUCGGGAGGGGGCGCCCGAUCCCGCGGCUCCGGCUCCGCUUCCCGGGAAGUUUCAAGUUUGAAAGUCCUGGCGGAGGGGCCGGGGCUUCCGGAACGGCAGUGGUCGAGAGGAGGGGCGGUGCGGCCAGAGCGGCGCCAUGGAGGAGGGGGCGCCGCGGCAGGUGAACGGCGCCGGGAGAGGCCGGGCUGCGGGCGCGGGCCGAGGGGCUCGGGAAGUCUCAUGCACGCCGCGGGCGCCCCGAGCUCCGGCCGCGGCGCCGAGACCCGACCCCCAGCCCCUGCCCGGUCCAUUCUCAGCCCCGGCCCCGGGCUUCGCUACACCUCGCGGGGCAGAGCUGAGCAUGGGGCCUGGAGCCGACCAGCGGCCCCCUGAGGAUGAGAAAGAGGUGAUCCGCCGGGCCAUCCAGAAGGAGCUGAAAAUCAAGGAGGGGGUAGAGAACCUGCGGAGGGUAGCCACGGACCGCCGCCACCUGGGCCACGUGCAGCAGCUCCUGCGUUCCUCCAACCGCCGCCUGGAGCAGCUGCACGGAGAGCUGAGGGCGCUGCACGCACGCAUCGUGCUGCCGGACCCCGGGCCGGGCCUGGCCGAGCCUGUGGCCCCAGGCCCGCCGCCCCCCGUGGAGCAGCCCAGGGCUCGGCACCUAGAGGCUCUCCAGAGGCAGCUGCAGGUCGAGCUGAAGGUGAAGCAGGGGGCAGAGAACAUGACCCGCACGUAUGCCACCGGCACACCCAAGGAGAGGAAACUCCUGGCAGCGGCCCAGCAGAUGCUGCGGGACAGCCGGCUGAAGGUGGCCCUGCUGAGGAUGAAGAUCAGCAGCCUGGAGGCCAGUGGGGCCCCGGAGCCAGGUCCCGAGCUGCUGGCAGAGGAGCUGAGACACCGGCUACGCAUUGAGGCCGCUGUGGCUGAGGGAGCCAAGAAUGUGGUGAAGCUGCUGGGUGGCCGGCGAACGCACGACAGGAAGGCGCUGGCCGAGGCUCAGGCCCAGCUCCAGGAGUCCUCCCAGAAGCUGGACCUCCUGCGGCUGGCCUUGGAACAGCUGCUGGAGGGACUUCCUCCGGCUCAUCCUCUGCGCGGCCGGGUGGCGCGGGAGCUGCGGACCGCUGUGUCUGGGAAGCCCCAGCCCUCGGGAGUGCUUGUGAAGCCUACCGCUGUGACAGGGACGCUGGAGGUCCGCCUCCUGGGCUGUGAGCAGCUGCUGACAGCUGUGCCUGGACGGUCCCCAGCGGCCGCGCUGGCUGGGAGCCCCUCCCAGGGCUGGCUCCGGGGCAGGGCCAAGCCGCAGCGUGGUGGAGGAGACCUGGCCAGUGAGGUGCUGGCCGUGCUGAAGGUGGAUAAUCGUGUCGUGGGCCAAACUGGCUGGGGGCCGGUGGCCAAGCAGUCCUGGGACCAGACCUUUAUUGUCCCCCUGGAGCGGGCCCGGGAGCUGGAGAUCGGGGUGCGCUGGCGGGACUGGCGGCAGCUGUGUGGCGUGGCCUUCCUGCGGCUGGAGGACUUCCUGGACAAUGCCUGUCACGAGCUCUCCCUCAGUCUGGUGCCCCAGGGCCUGCUCUUUGCCCAGGUGACUUUCUGUGACCCUGUCAUUGAGAGGAGGCCCCGGCUGCAGAGGCAGAAACGCAUUUUCUCCAAACGCCGAGGUCAGGACUUCCUGAGGGCUUCGCAGAUGAACCUCAGCAUGGCGGCCUGGGGACGAUUGGUCAUGAGCCUGCUGCCUCCCUGCAGCUCCCCAAGCACAAUCAGUCCCCCCAAAGCGUGCACCGAGACCCUGUCCACACCCCGGGCUGACCCUGCCUCGCCCAGUCAUUUCCCACCCAAGAAGAGCCACUUGGGAGAAGAGACAAGGCCCCCGCCCAAGCCCCCACGCCUCUACCUGCCCCGGGAGCCGACCCCCGAGGAGAUCCCGCGCACCAAACGUCCCCACAUGGAGCCUAGGACACGUCUUGGGCCGCCUCCUCCUGCCUCAGUCACCAGGAGAGCCCCCCGGCUUCAGGACUUCCGCUGCUUGGCCGUGCUGGGCCGGGGACACUUUGGGAAGGUCCUCCUGGUCCAGUUCAAGGGCACGGGGAAAUACUACGCCAUCAAAGCGCUCAAGAAGCAGGAGGUGCUGAGCCGGGAUGAGAUGGAGAGCCUGUAUUGCGAGAAACGCAUCCUGGAGGCCGUGGGCCGCACGGGGCACCCCUUCCUGCUCUCCCUCCUUGCCUGCUUCCAGACCUCCAGCCAUGCCUGCUUCGUGACCGAGUUUGCAGCUGGUGGCGACCUCAUGAUGCAGAUCCACGAGGAUGUCUUCCCUGAGCCCCAGGCCAGGUUCUACCUGGCUUGUGUGGUCCUCGGGCUGCAGUUCUUACAUGAGAAGAAGAUCAUUUACAGGGACCUGAAGUUGGAUAACCUUCUGCUGGAUGCCCAGGGUUUCCUGAAGAUCGCAGACUUUGGGCUGUGUAAGGAAGGGAUCGGCUUUGGGGACCGGACGAGCACGUUCUGUGGCACCCCCGAGUUCCUGGCCCCGGAGGUGCUGACCCAGGAGGCCUACACACGGGCCGUGGACUGGUGGGGGUUGGGUGUGCUGCUCUACGAGAUGCUGGUGGGUGAGUGCCCAUUCCCCGGAGACACGGAAGAGGAGGUGUUUGACUGUAUCGUCAAUGCGGAUGCCCCAUAUCCCCGCUUUCUGUCGGUGCAAGGUCUCGAGCUCAUUCAGAAGCUCCUGCAGAAGUGCCCGGAGCAGCGCCUAGGGGCAGGUGAGCAGGAUGCGGAGGAGAUCAAAACCCAGCCCUUCUUCAGGACCACCGACUGGCAGGCCCUGCUCGCCCGCUCCGUCCGGCCCCCGUUCCUGCCCACGCUCUGUGGCCCUACAGACCUGCGCUACUUCGAGGGCGAGUUCACGGGGCUGCCGCCAGCCCUGACCCCGCCUGACCCCCGCUGCCCCCUGACCGCCCGCCAGCAGGCUGCCUUCCGAGACUUCGACUUUGUGUCUGAGAGAUUCCUGGGGCCCUGAGGGCCUCUCGGGUGCGUCCACCCUGUCUCCCCAGAUGCAUGCCCUACCCUGGAGGCCUGGGCCUCCCUGGGUUAUUUGUGGGUCUUGGGCCUUGAAGUGGC